AUGUCGGAGUUCAUUACGCGGCAGUUUCUUUUGAGUUUGCUGCUUCUCUGUGUCAAUUGGCCGACUUUCACGCACGCCGCCUGCAAUACCUGCUCUGCUGAAACUAAUCUGGCUUGCGUCUCCAACAGCCAAUUUAAGGUGUGCGACAAUGGCUCACCAAUUGCGAAUGCGCUAGAUUGCCCCACAGGAUAUGUUUGCUCCACAGCUACCACGAGCAUUUGCCAGCCCAGUGGAGGCGUCGGUGUGGUAGCUGAUUGUGCCGAUUGUAACACCUGCGAUGCUACCAAUACCUUUGCCUGCACUGGCGUCGGUACAUACGCCUUGUGUCUGGGCACAACAACGGUCAGUAACUUGACCGGCUCCUGUGAGCCAGAUCACAUUUGCAGCAUUGAUUAUGAAUACAUUUGUGGUAGUGCCACAUUAGGGGUUGUGGCCACGUGCCCCAGUGUUGAUGAGACAGUAACAACAACCANAGGCACAGUAACAACAACCACUACUGCGCCCUCGACCAGUGUGACAAAUCCGGCCGCGUUCUGUCAGUCUAUGCAACAAAGUGGUCGCUUUCCGGCCGGCAAUGGGCAGACUACCAGCUGUAGACAGUAUGUCUAUUGCUUUAUUAAUAACGGCGUCUGGAGUGGGGUGCUGUACACCUGCCCUGGUGCCACAUAUUUUAACGAAAGUUCGCGUCUCUGCACAGCCGUCAUACCAACACGUUGCGUCGGUACCACCCGGGUGUUGUCACUCAGGAAUAUGGAUGUAGAUUUCGAUUGAAGUGGG